AUGUCUGCCACUGUUACCAUUGAUAAAACCUACUUUGAAACCCUUCUGCGGAAGGCAAAUGUUCAUGGGAGUGAGCCUGACCACAACGAGAAUACGAAUAUCGUAGCAGUUACAAGAGAUUACCUCGAGGACUUGGUCAAGACAGCAAAGGAGUACAAGGCCCUGCGUACUGCUCUUAUCCGCGGGGGUGUUACAGUCGAGAAUAUCGAGCUCCUUAUCAACGCGGGAUUUGACGAGACAGAUGCCCACGACCCCAGUGAACGGAAUGGUGAUAGAGAUUCUCAACCCUUACCCACGCCCUCUGAGAAUGGCGGUGUCAACUUGAACUACGAUCAACUUAGCUCCUCCGCAAUUCAGAGCUAUCCAACUACAUCGUCGACCUCCUUCCGAACCCAGCCGCAACAUUACACGAGUCAACCCUCCCAUGAAUACACUAGCAGCAGGCUCAGUCGUGGUAGUUGUCGAGAACCGGAUGAUUAUGCAGGUAGCGAUGGAACUGAAAGGCAGGAUACUCCAGGACCAAAGCGGGGAGGUGGGGGUGGGGGCAGCAAUGGCUAUAAAGGUGAUUCCGCUGGAAAUAGAACACUGUUCUUUUCACGUCUCCCCGAAAAGGUCACAUAUACCAGCUUUCUAGGGGCCAUCAGGGGCGGAAUGGUUGUCGAUGCCUGGAUGAAGCCAGGCGAUCACUGUGGAUCCAUUUCAUUUUUGCAUUCCCAAUCUGCUGAGGCCUUUUAUAGAUAUGCAAAGAAGAAUGAUGUCUACAUUGAUGGUCGCAGGGUCAACGUCGACUGGCGUGAGCAAGCCCGCCAAUUUGUUGUAUUACCAAAUAUACUUCGUCAAAUACAUUCUGGUGCCACCCGCAAUCUCCACUUGAAAAACAUCCCCCCUACAUUGACCGAGGCCCGCUUGAGGGAUGACCUCGACCACAUCGCCAACCUUUCCAUCGAAAAGAUUGAAUUUGACAAGACCAGGAACUCUGUUCAAGUUAACCUUAACUCUGUCUGUGUAGCCUGCUUCGCUAGGACAUGCCUCAAGUCCAGGGCGUAUUACAAGGGCACUAAAAUUGAGUUUGGUGCGGAUGAAUGUGCAAAUUCUCUCCCGGAUCUCAAGGCGUACAAGCCAAAACAGGAGCCUAAAGCGAAACCGGAACGAAAGAUAUCCAAUCGUUUCGACGCACUUGCACUUGAUUGCGAGGAAGGAGGUUGGAAUGCCGGCGACGAUGCGGGGGAAACAGAAGACUGGGCAGACAGUGUUACUAAUGGGAUUGGAAACGAUGGUGAUUGGUGAUUUCCGAUCGAAUUGGGGUGCCCCGGAUUUUGUCGGGGCACUCUUCGCAUUUUUUAUUUUUUUUCUUUACCCCAACUUACUUUCUCCAGUUUACGCCUGGACUGACAGUUAGUCACCGUGCUCUCCUGUCACAAACCAGAUAUCUAUCUUCCGCUCUUGUUGGUGUCCCAUUUUCGGUACUUGGAGGACUUUGUCUUUUUUUUAUUUUUUUUAUUUUUUUUAAACCUUCCUUUGUUUUUGAUGCUCUGUUUACUUGACUAUACCACUUUGCCACGUACCACCGAAGUACGCACCACCGAAAUAUUUCUUGCUUUCCUCCUUUCUCUCCUUCCAUUAUAUGUAAUCCCAAUUCGCCAUUUCUCCCGUCUAGUGUACUUGUAUUGUAACAUGGGGUUGCCCAUACCAUAGCAUCAAGCCAUGCCAAUCCGUCCAUACAUGCCUUGGCAUUUUGCAUUACCUUUCUAGCCUCUCGUCUGAUGCCUUGCUUUCUAGCACUUGUCUCUGUCUCGGCUUUGCUGAAGCAAUUGUGGGGCGUUUUGUAAUUGGA